AUCUAAGGAACAAACUAGAAAUACGUGAAGAAUUUCCGGAGACGCAUACCGUCUGUUUCAAACGCACUAGAAAGAUAGUGAUAAGGGAAAAAAACACAGCGGUCAUAGGAAUACAAGCCCGUCAGACAAAGGAAAAACGAAAUCGAGCUAUUGGUAGCUCAAGUGGAGGUUGACAGCGUGGUUAUCGAAGGAUCGGGACAGCCAUGGUGGAGUAUUACCACAUUUUAGGAGUGCAAAGAAACGCCUCACAAGAAGACAUCAAAAAAGCGUACAGAAAACUGGCUCUAAAAUGGCAUCCAGACAAGAACCCGGAGAAUAAAGAGGAGGCUGAGAGGAAGUUUAAAGAGCUGUCCGAAGCAUAUGAAGUCCUGUCAGAUGCCCAGAAGCGGGACGUUUACGACCGAUACGGCAAAGAGGGCCUCAGCGAGGGAGGGGGAGGCGGGCAUUACGACGGCCACUUCGGCGGGGUCUUCACAUUCCGCAAUCCCGAGGACGUCUUCAGGGAAUUCUUUGGGGGACGAGACCCAUUCGCUGAGUUCUUUGGCGGGGGGGGCGACCCCUUUGAGGACCCCUUCUUUGGCGGUGGGCGACGGCACCAUCACCAGCGGGGCGUGAGCCGGAACCGGGUGCCGGGGACUUUCUUCCCCGGGUUCGGCGGCUUCCCGCCGUUCGGCGCGGGGUUUGGCGGGUUCGACACAGGAUUCCCCAGCUUUGGUCACAUGGGAGGGAUGGGCCAGUUGGGGGGCGGCGGCUUUACCUCGUUCUCCUCCACGUCAUUCGGGGGCGGCGGCGGCGGCGGGGGUGGGAUGGGGAACUUCCGCUCCGUCUCCACCUCCACCAAAAUUAUAAACGGCAGGAAGAUCACCACAAAAAGGUACUUCUUCCCCUUUCUAGGGGUCACUCUCAAACCCUCGAAAGGACGGCAGUCCCGCCAGCAGCCUCAUCUCCUGCCAGGACGCGUGGAGCGCAGAGAAGCCCUGGAGGACGAAGAGGGCCGGAACCGCAGGCUGAACACCCAGCCUGGCCCCGCCUCCUCCCUCACGCCCCGCCCACAGAGCCCCGCCCACAACCCCACAGAGGAAGAGGAGGAGCCGGCCCAAGCCAGAGGACACAGCGACACCAAGAGGAAGAAGUCCAGGCCGAAGCUGGAGUCCAAAAAGAAGAGGUCCCCCAGGGUGCCGCAGUGGAGCGGGUCAAGGUUUUAAUAGCCAAUCACGGGCAGCGAGCUGAGGAACGGGAGGUUUAAAUAUUAAUAAAGAUACAGCUUUUAGUGGAA